AAUAGUAAAAGUAAACAUUUCCACCAAUUCCAAUCACUCUCUACUGUUUACUGACCAGGCUCUGAUUCCCCUAUUUGGAAGAACAUAGAGAUGAUGCAGAGAUGGUGCUGGAGGCUCCGCUCUUUGGCAGCCCUUGCUUCCUCUACCCACCUUCGCCCUCCCGCCGCUGCUCGUCUUCUCCACACUUCCCCCAGUUUAUUCCACAAACCCCCAAUCGCCACUCGUUCCCUAAUUGCACCCUAUUUUUCCUCCCACAUCAGCGCCUCCACCUUUCCCUCUCCUAUCACACACUCGCCUCUCUCUUUGAUCCAAGUACGGCAUAUCACUGCCAAGCAGAGGAAGAGGAAGUUGAAGAGUAGGAAGCCAAUGACUCCAGUAGUUUCCAAAGUCAAAAAAGUCAAAAUCAAAGGCUACUCGUCUUACAAAGGAAGAUUUAGGCUUAUGAAUGAUGGGCAGAUCAGGCGAUGGAAGGAGGGGAAGCGGCAUAAUGCAUUCUCAAAGUCUAAGAAGUCAAAACGACGAUUGAGACAACCUGGUGUUGUUCCUGCGGCUUAUGCAAAAGUAAUGAAGAAGCUAAAUUUCUGCGCUUGAAGCAAAAUUCGCUCUGCAGCAGCCUCAUUGUUGCUAGGAGACUGCCCUUGUCAUCAAAACAUACUUCAUCUCAUGAUUUGUAGAUGCUUGUAAGUCAGCUUGUCAUGACUCCUCUAACAGAUUGAUAGAUUAGUCCAGAUUUGCAGUUUUGCACUACUGGAUAGAGGGAUUUGCGUUUACUUAUAUUAUGGAGCGCAUACUGUGUUUGUUUGAAUUGGUUGUCUUGAUGGUUCAAUCGUGCUUUCCUUAACAAGACAACUGCCCAAAAGGCUGAGAUGUAUAAUGUGGGGUUGCAGUAUAUUUUGUGCUUGCAAUAUUAGCUACUUGCAUGUGGAGCUUAUUUUGAUUGUAUACCUUUCGCUGCUAUUCUUAUACAGGAUCAAUAAAGUUAUUUGCUUUAUGAA